AUGUAUUCACAACACCCGGCCAUUGCGCCUCAAAAGCCCGAGACGUUUAUGCUGAGCACCGAAGCCCAGCAAGCUCUCCCUCAUGACGCACAGGUCGCCCUCCAGCAGGUAGACAACCUAAAGUACUUCCUCAUCUCCGCUCCAGUGGACUGGCAGCCUGAUCAGUAUAUCCGACGGUUUCUCCUACCCACGGGCGAGUAUGUCUCUUGUGUGCUGUGGAACAACCUCUUCCACAUCUCCGGCACGGAUAUUGUGCGAUGCCUCUCAUUCAGAUUCCAGGCCUUUGGCCGCCCCGUCAAGAACUCCAAAAAGUUCGAGGAGGGAAUCUUCUCCGAUCUCCGAAAUCUCAAGUCAGGAACUGAUGCCUCCCUGGAGGAACCAAAGAGCGCUUUCCUCGACUUUCUCUACAAAAACAACUGCAUCCGUACCCAGAAGAAGCAAAAGGUCUUUUACUGGUACAGCGUGCCCCACGACCGUCUCUUUUUGGAUGCGCUGGAGCGAGACUUGAAGCGCGAGAAGAUGGGCCAGGAGGCCACCACGGUCGCCGUCAGCGAGCCUGCUCUGUCCUUCCAGUACGACUCUUCACAGUCGCUCUACGAGCAGCUCACCAAAAGCCAGCAGGCCAACUCCUCUUCCUUCAACGCCCAGCAGUCCUCAUUCAACCCGAGCCAGUCGACCUCUCCCGUCAUGAGGGCGAUGGACUCCAUGCCUCCCCCGAGCAUCAUUCCUCACACCAUGGCCCCUUUGGCCGAAAGCAUGGAGACAAUGGUCCCCUACGACACCAUGGGCAUGGCUCCGGCCGUUCCCCAGCAGCUGGCGGCCGUCAAGAGGGAGGCUGACUUCACUCGCGUCCACUACAACCAGAAUGGCAUUCCCAUUACUCACAGCCACCACCGCCACUCUUCCAUGCCCGCCUACGGCCUUGAGUACUCGCCUGCUCCCUCCUUUGUGUCCUCGGGCUAUGAGGAUUACAGCAACCGGGGUUUGUCUUUUGAGCCCAUUACUCCUCCCCAGCAGGCUCUUGGCAUGACUGCCGAGCCCGCCUACAUCGCCAACGAGGAGACUGGCCUCUACUCCGUCAUCCCCGACCACAUGUCUGGCAUGUCGGGUCUUGGUGGAAUGGUUCAGAUGCCGUCUCACCUUACCGGUCCGCAGUUCCCUCGCUCCUACGGCGCAAACAACAUUUACUCCGUGAUUGAGGGAUCUCCUACCUACAAGCAGCGAAGACGCCGCACCUCCAUCCCCACCUCCAUGUCUGGCAUCGCACCCACAUCGACCCCUUCGGCUCCUCACAGACCGUCAGAUCUGCGUCGGUCUGUCUCUGUCUCCAUGGGGCCCGUCGCUGAGGGUGAAGAAUCCACCGGCAACUCGCCUUCCAACAUGUCGUAUGCCAACUCCCAGCACAUGGACAUGUCACGACACGGCAGCCCAGCCGUCCACCCCAUGGCUCUGCAGCACGACUUUUCUCACAUCAGUGAUGAUAUGUCUGCUGAUGGCCGUUCUAUGAUGGCUGGCGGCAUUGUCCGACGUGCUCGAUCGGCUACUGUGAUGGAGCUCGGUCCUUAUCCUCACAAGUCUCACUCUUGCCCGAUCCCGACCUGUGGCCGAUUGUUCAAGCGUCUCGAGCACCUCAAGCGCCACGUCCGAACACACACACAAGAGAAGCCUUACAUCUGCCCUCACUGCAGCAAAGCUUUCUCCCGAUCAGAUAACCUUGCACAGCACAAGCGCACCCACAGCCGUGAGGAUGGUGGCGAGGGUUCAUUGCAUCUUUCUGCCGAGGAAGAGGAAGAAUUCUCCGGCGAAGAGCAUCUUGGAUCUGUCGAGGAGGCAUCGCCUACAUCAGAAUCUGCCUUUGUUCCCGGCUCCAUCAACGCAGCUGUUUCAAAUGGCACGAUCUCUCCUCAAACCACCAUGACAUCCAGUCAUAGCUUCAACAGUCUUCAAACACUCAGCAUGCCGAUGACCAUCAGCCACCCUACCCCCAUCAACGCUGGUGGUGCCAUGUAG